AUUCCUUUAUUUUUACCAGCUGGGUGCUAGCGAGACCGACAGGCUGUCCACAGCAUAUUCCGCCCCUAUAUAUAAUCUCAUUAUUAUCCCCCAGGCUCUCCAUCGCUAUACAACGCCUCCGCAAGCGGCCGAGUACGACGGCGACUUCUCAUCCGAUCGCCGGUUUCGGAUACUGCUUUCGCUAAGAAGCCUCGUUCUCCUCUGUUAUCCUGAUGUAUAAUUGAAGGCGGAUGAAUGUAUAUAAUAUUACGUGUACAAAUUGACGUGUAUAUAGUGCAAGUGGUCGCCAUCCAUCUCACAUAAAUUGAGCAAUGGACUACUCUUGUAUUCUGGAUUCUCCUGCCGAAUAGAGAGAAUAUAUAAGAGGCCUGCUUCGUCUACACCGAGACAGUUCGUUCUCUUGUUUCGUUUGAUGAUUUUUGGUAAUCGCUGAAUUUUGGAUCAAAUCUUCCAAGUGAAGUAUAUAUAGAGUCACCGUAGAGAUGGGAUACGAAGGAGGAGAUCAAGGACAGGGAGUGAAGAGGAGGGCAUGCUCGUGCUCGAAGGAAGACUUCCUCCCUGAGCAGUCGUUCCAAAGUUGGGGGAACUAUAUCAGGGCGCUGAAGGAGACACCAACUCGGCUAGUGGAUCGGGUGACGACCCGGUCACUGGACUCGGCCGAGUUGGAGGUGAAGGCGCGGAGCCAGCACGAGAUGAAAAGGACUCUGAAUUGGUGGGACCUCAUGUGGUUCGGGAUGGGGGCCGUCAUCGGCGCCGGAAUAUUCGUGCUGACAGGCAUCGCCGCCAAGAAAGAUGCCGGCCCCGCCGUCGUCCUGUCGUACGUCGUCUCCGGCAUCUCCGCCUUGCUUUCCGUCUUCUGCUACACCGAGUUCGCCGUUGAGAUCCCUGUGGCAGGUGGCUCAUUUGCCUACUUACGAGUAGAGCUGGGCGACUUCGUUGCCUUUAUAGCCGCCGGCAACAUCCUCCUCGAGUACGUGAUCGGCGGCGCGGCCGUGGCCCGCUCAUGGACAUCCUACUUCGCCACACUCUGCAACAAGGACUCCGACGCCUUCCUCAUCCACGCCGACGGCCUCGCCGACGGCUACAACGAACUCGACCCCAUGGCCAUCGGAGUCAUCGUUCUCAUCUGCAUCAUCGCCGUCCUCAGCACCAAAGGCUCUUCCCGUCUCAACUACAUCGCCUCCAUCGUUCACGUCGUCGUCAUCCUCUUCAUCAUCGUCGCCGGCCUCGUCAAAGCCGACACCAGCAACUACACCCCCUUCGCCCCCUUCCACGCUCGUGGCAUUUUUAAGGCCUCCGCCGUCUUGUUCUUCGCCUACGUCGGCUUCGACGCCGUCUCCACCUUGGCCGAAGAAACCAAGAACCCCGCCCGUGACAUCCCCAUUGGCCUCGUCGGCUCCAUGGUCAUCACCACCACAAUCUACUGCUUGCUGGCCAUCACUCUCUGCCUAAUGCAACCCUACGAUCAAAUCGACGAACAAGCUCCGUUCUCAGUGGCGUUCAAAGCCGUCGGCAUGGACUGGGCCAAGUACAUCGUCGCCUUCGGAGCUCUGAAGGGAAUGACUUCGGUUCUGCUCGUCGGGGCAGUGGGUCAGGCCCGAUAUUUGACCCACAUCGCUCGGACCCACAUGAUGCCGCCAUGGUUCGCCCAUGUGGACCCCAAAACCGGGACUCCGAUCAACGCCACAAUCUGCAUGCUCGUCGCCACCGCUGCCAUAGCUUUCUUCACCAGGCUCGACAUCCUCUCCGACCUCCUCUCCAUCUCCACCCUCUUCAUCUUCAUGCUGGUGUCGCUCGCCCUUCUCGUCCGCCGCUACUACGUCAGCGGCGUCACCCCCGACGCCGACCGGAACAAGCUCGCCGCCUGCCUCUCAGUCAUACUGGGCGCGUCCAUCGCCACGGCGAUUUACUGGGCCACCAGCGAGGGCUGGAUCGGGUUCUGCUUCACGGUGCCGAUCUGGCUGCUGGCAACGGUGGCACUGCGUGUCUUUGUGCCGCGGGCUCGGGAAGCCAAGCUCUGGGGGGUUCCUCUGGUGCCGUGGCUGCCGUCGGGGUCCAUCGCCAUCAACAUCUUCCUUCUGGGCUCCAUUGACGGGAAAUCUUUCGAGAGGUUCGCGAUCUGGACGGCGGUGCUUCUAUUGUACUACUUCUUCUUCGGAUUGCACGCGUCUUAUGACACAGCGAAGGAGUCCGAGAGCCAGUUCGGGCAGGUUGAAGAAGGGAGGAAGGCGGCGGAGAAUGAUGGUGUAAGUAAUAGCGAAAAUUCUCAAUCGAAAAUGCAGCCAACUAGCGCUUAAUUAGCCAUGGUUGGCUCCGGCAGGAGUAGUUGGAUGUAUGAUAUGGCUCUGGGUAAUUUAUGAUUGAAGUUUCUUCUCUGAGACUGAAAGUGUGUACUCAGUUAAUCGCUGUGGAAAUCGAAGUUGUCUUUUGCAUGUCCAGUAAAUGAUUCUGCUGUUCCUCCUCCCCCUUUUGCACCAAUAUAUAUAUAUAUAUAUAUAUCUUCUUGUGAGAUCAUCA